AUGUUUUUGGCGUUUCCAGCUCUGGCUCGGCUCCUCUCUAUUGUUCCCCGGGUCCAGGCUGCUUUCUCUCCGCCAGGGUCUGUCUGCUGCUGCGCCCCCUCCCACUGCUCCCUCCCUGCCUCCCCCCGGCACUGGACGUCACUUGCCGCUAACGGGAGCACAUGCAAAGUCCGUGAGAAGCGAGCGGUGGUGAGGAAUAGUGGGCCAAAUAUCCAACUUCAUGCUGAGGGUUUGUUGGACGUAAAGGCGGAGCUGGACGUGGUCGCGGAGAGCGGAGAGCGGCGUAUGGAUCCGAGCGCGCGGCUCCCCCAGCGGCCACGUGCGGUACUGCAACAAUAA